GCCCUGGAGGACGUGGAGGGGAGGCAGCCACAGUCCUGGAGAGGCCUGGGCCUGAACAACAUGGCUUCCCCCAGGGUGAGAGUCGCUUGUCCUCCCACCGCCUGCUCUCUCCUGAUGACCAGGUUCCAGGAGUUAUCAAAGACCUCUGAGCUGCGUGGAGAAAGCCAUGGAGACAGCCAGGGAACAAAGAUAUGAACGACAGCUGACCCAAAACAACGGAGGCCCACGAUGUGUGAAGUGGUGAAAGAACCCUGUUGACCUAUUAUUCACACCCCGUGAAAAUAUCCUUUAAAAACAAAGGAGAAAGGAAUAAGUUAAGAAAACGGUAGGAUUAGAUUAACCUGUGAUUCCUGGCUGGCCACAAGGUCACCCAUGGCAUGGAGCUGCCCACAACGCCCUUCUCAGCAUGAAGCAUCCUGAAAGAUCCAGGGCCAGGUUCCCCAGGAUUGGGGAGUUGGAAGCUCAUUGGCACUGUCAAAUUUGAAGAAGAGGCAUGCUCUGACUGGCACCAGGAUCCCGUAUCAACCAUUUCCAUUUUGUAAUAGAACUCUUCUGGGACUGCCCUCCCCAUUAGAGUUUUUCCAAGAUCUCUGAAGACGUCAUGAGUUUUUCAGGUUUCAAGAUUAUUUUAUGUCCUUCAGUCACAGGGGAGACUUCAGUUAGUGUUCCAUCGCAAGCUAGUAAGUGCCUCUCAAAUGGAAACUGUAUAGUCUAAAGGCCCAGUUCCCUGGAGGUGCUCACAGCCUUUUGCCAUUAGCCCUAGGCAGUGCUCCACACACGGCACAGAGAAUGUGUGUUACCUGCAGUCUGGUUUCUAGUCUACACUGUGUGGUCCACCCUCCAGGGCCAGGGGGCCUGGAGUGCUCUAAAGACUUUCCUGCUGGCCCUCGUGGCUCUGUGUUAAUGCUGUCAGUCUUCCUGAAGUCCCUGUCCUCUCACCUCCUGCCUGGAUCUGCCCCCAGCACACAUUCCUGACUCCACACAUUUCUCAGUGCCUGCGACCUGGCACACAUUUCUGAUCCGAACUCAGUGCCUGGGGCCUGGCAGUUGCCCAGGGCACUCCAUCGCUCAAAUCCAAGCCUGUGGAGAGGAUGACAUAUCAUUCCCAGGUUUCUGAUGAGCAGAAAAAAAAAUCUUUGUUUCUAUAGUGCUAUCCUCUUUUAUCCACCAUGUGAGAGGUCAGGAGCCGACUCACCCCAAGGGUCUAGGAGUUGUGCCAUUGACCUUACUGCCUAGGGUCACAGGCUGGCACCCUCCAGUGCCACACAUUGGAUCUCUCCACACAGCAGCAGUGUGCUUAACUCAAUGGGGAGGUGAGUAGCCCAAGGUCAGACAGUUGGACCUGGAUAGACACUUGACUGGGGGACAGGCUUUGGAAGACACUCCCCUGGGCCUCCUCUGUCCAUGGGGCCUCAAUACUAGAGCCCACAAGGUCGGCCAGAGAGUGUCUAUGCCUCGACCAUGCAAAGGAUGCCAGGCUGUGGCUAGGGAUGCCCCCGGUGUUCCUCUCCCUCCUACCUACUCCUCAGCCUCUGCAGGUGCCUGUCAUGGCCCCUGUGUCCUUCAUUCUGUCCACUCAUGCGUUCACUGGGCCCCUCCUUGGUGCCAGGCACCCGCUACAGAGGGAUACCAAGCCCCUGCCAGAGAAGCUUGGAGCUGGGUCACAGCAGCAAGGAGGCUGGAGACAGUGGCAUCAGUGCACUGGUCAGUGAGGCCACUGUGGGAGGAGGGAGUGGGAGCAGAAGCUAAGAGUGGACUGAAGUCCUUAGGCCAGGAAGUAGUUCAGGGUUUAAGAAGAGGAGAGACAGGUGGCCCGGGGAGGGAGCAGGCUCAGGAUGGGCCUCCAGUGCCUCCUCUGGAGCUCACUACCCAGACUACAGCAGCGCAGUGGGCAGCGCCUCAGCUCCUUCCCCUUCUGCUGGCUACAGCCUGGACAGGACCCGGAAUCAAACCGCAGGCCCUGGGUCACCGCUGCCGGAAAGAGCCAGUUCCUGUCCGUCCAUGCACCCACCACCACAACCCAGGCCUUCCUGGAGGUGCUAGGGGAGGCCAUGCCCCAUUUCUGAGUGCUUGGAAGUGACUGCUGCAAGUGACAAGUGACCACGCCUUUUCCCCCGCGGGUAUAAUAAAUUCAGAGGCGCUGCGCUCCGAUUCUGGCAGUGCAGCUGUGGGAACCUCUCCACGCGCACGCACGAACUCAGCCAACGAUUUCUGAUAGAUUUUUGGGAGUUUGACCAGGGAUGCAAGGGGUGAAGGAGCGCUUCCUACCGCUAGGGAACUCUGGGGACAGAGCGCCCCGGCCGCCUGAUGGCCGGGGCAGGGUGCGACCCAGGACCCAGGACGGCGUCGGGAACCAUACCGUGGCCCGGAUCCCCAAGACCCUAAAGUUCGUCGUCGUCAUCGUCGCGGUCCUGCUGCCAGUCCUAGCUUACUCUGCCACCACUGCCCGGCAGGAAGAAGUUCCCCAGCAGACAGUGGCCCCACAGCAACAGAGGCACAGCUUCAAGGGGGAGGAGUGUCCAGCAGGAUCUCAUAGAUCAGAACAUACUGGAGCCUGUAACCCGUGCACAGAGGGUGUGGAUUACACCAACGCUUCCAACAAUGAACCUUCUUGCUUCCCAUGUACAGUUUGUAAAUCAGAUCAAAAACAUAAAAGUUCCUGCACCAUGACCAGAGACACAGUGUGUCAGUGUAAAGAAGGCACCUUCCGGAAUGAAAACUCCCCAGAGAUGUGCCGGAAGUGUAGCAGGUGCCCUAGUGGGGAAGUCCAAGUCAGUAAUUGUACGUCCUGGGAUGAUAUCCAGUGUGUUGAAGAAUUUGGUGCCAAUGCCACUGUGGAAACCCCAGCUGCUGAAGAGACAAUGAACACCAGCCCGGGGACUCCUGCCCCAGCUGCUGAAGAGACAAUCAACACCAGCCCAGGGACUCCUGCCCCAGCUGCUGAAGAGACAAUGACCACCAGCCCAGGGACUCCUGCCCCAGCUGCUGAAGAGACAAUGACCACCAGCCCGGGGACUCCUGCCUCUUCUCAUUACCUCUCAUGCACCAUCGUAGGGAUCAUAGUUCUAAUUGUGCUUCUGAUUGUGUUUGUUUGAAAGACUUCACUGUGGAAGAAAUUCCUUUCUUACCUGAAAGGUUCAGGUAGGCGCUGGCUGAGGGCGGGGGCGCUGGACACUCUCUGCCCUGCCUCCCUCUGCUGUGUUCCCACAGACAGAAACGCCUGCCCCUGCCCCAAGUCCUGGUGUCUCCAGCCUGGCUCUAUCCUCCUCCUUGUGAUCGUCCCAUCCCCACAUCCCGUGCACCCCCCAGGACCCUGGUCUCAUCAGUCCCUCUCCUGGAGCUGGGGGUCCACACAUCUCCCAGCCAAGUCCAAGAGGGCAGGGCCAGUUCCUCCCAUCUUCAGGCCCAGCCAGGCAGGGGGCAGUCGGCUCCUCAACUGGGUGACAAGGGUGAGGAUGAGAAGUGGUCACGGGAUUUAUUCAGCCUUGGUCAGAGCAGAACACAGAGAUUUUCCGUGUGUUGGUGUUUACUCUAGUUCCCCUUCUCAUCCCCCUUCCUCAGGGUGUCCCCUAAUUGCAAGGCCCUAUUCCUGUCCCCAGCCCCAGGGCUCCUUGUCCAGUGUCCCAGCCCCCAGCCCAGCCCUGUGCCCCACUGUCCUCUGGGAGGGAGGUGCUUCAUGGGCCCCUCCCCACCUGCUAAGGAGACUCGUUCUCUUCCAAGUGGUGAAAGGGCCCCUGAGCGUGUAGACAGAGUGACUUGGUUUCUCCAGAAACUGGAAGCCUCAUGGACUGAGGAACUGCCUCCCACCCACAGCAGAGCCCGGGCGGACACAAUCCCUUCUCCUCAUGGCUGCCCUGACUCUCUGAAGUGGCUUGGGGUUCUGGGCUGACUGUGGGGGACACAUGGCCAUGUUGAGCAUCACACAGACCAGUGGGUCCUGCUGCAGUCCUGUCCUUCCUGCAGUCUUCACUCCACAGCCUCACUCCACAGUGAGUGACCCUCACUGGACACCCUCACUCCACAGCCUGCACCCUGAGGAUGGGGUGUCCGCCUGAGCACAGCAUCAGGGGCCUGGCCCCAGCAGCAGGUCCUGGAUGUGCUGAGAUUGGGCUGCCUGGGUUGACCUCAUUGGGAGGAGGUGGGGACGGCAGGUCCAGCUGCGUACUGGGGACCCUGCAGCAAGCCCUGGAUGUGGACUCCUGAGUCAGUUCUUUGCCUUCCUGUGGUCUUUUUCUGGCACUCACGUCGCCCACCAAGGCCUGGGUGGGUGAGAACAGUGCCCACAAGGAGACCCUGAGUAGCAGAGACUCGCAGCCCAUCCAGGUCUCUGGGCAGGAAAUUGAAGGAAUCAUCACAUUUUACAGAGGAGGAGACUGCAGCUCAGAGUGGGGGAAGUGUGUGCACCAGGCCACAGGCAAGUCUGUCCAGAGCGCUGGUAGGAAUGAGGGAAACUAGGAAUGACCACUUCAAAAAGUUAGAUGAGAAGAAUUUCAAGGCCGGGUGCGGUGGCUCACGCCUGUAAUCCCAGCACUUUGGGAGGCGGAGAUGGGCGGAUCACGAGGUCAGAAGAUUGAGACCAUCCUGGCUAACACGGUGAAACCCCGUCUCUACUAAAAAUACAAAAAAAUUAGCCGGGCGCGGUGGCGGACGCCUGUAGUCCCAGCUACUCGGGACUCCUGCUGAGGCAGGAGAAUGGCGUGAACCCGGGAGGCGGAGGUUGCAGUGAGCCGAGAUCGCGCCACUGCACUCCAGCCUCGGGGACAGAGCGAGACUCCAUCUCAAAACACACACACACAAAAAAACAACCAAAAAAAGAAAGAAAGAAAAAGAAUUUCAAAGUUAAGUCAUUGGAGUUUGUUGGUAAUAUAUUUGUAUGGCUUAGGUCAUGUUACGCGCAUCACCCCCUCACCCCGUGUCUGCUGUUGGGUCUCAGCACUGGGUGGAGGGAGGGGCAAUAGUCCUGGUGAAGAGGAGUGGGGAGCGGCACCAGCUGGGGUGGGGCCUCUGCCGCUGCCUCUUCCUGCUGUGGUUUCUCCGGCUUAGACUGCCCCUCUCGCCUGGCUUGUCUGUGGGGAGAUCUUUGUUCUCUGGCUGCUUUUAAGACUUUCUCCUUAACAGUGGUUUCAGCAAUUCGAUUGAGGCAAAAAGGAGCUGCAGAAGCCAUGUCUGUAGCAUUUGUGGCCUCCCCUUCUGUAUAAUAGCAGCCAUGUUUUGGCCUCUGCAGGGCUAAAGUCCUCUGAGCAGCUGCUUCUCCACAUCUCUGCCAUGCACUCGGCCUCGGAGCUCCUGGUGUUCCUCAGCAGAGUCCACAGGGCUCUUUGGGGUCCCCUCCCUGUGCUGUAGCCUGGAACCUGUGACCUGAGGCAGUGAGCUGAGGCCACCACUGGGCUCACCUCAUGGGCUUGGAGGGAAAGUCAUUCACCCAGGAAGUAGGUGAUGAGCCCUUUACUCUGAGAAUGUCUGCGCCUGGUGGUGGUGGGAGGACAAAUGAGCCCUGUGUCAGUCCUGCUCCCUGAAGCCCACAGUCUGGUGGAGGAGGUGUCACCAGGGACCUACAUAGCUAUCAGGAAGCAUGGAGGCUACCUCCCCCCUCCUUGCACCUCCAGAGAGACUGUGCCGGCUCCAGGAAUGUCAUCCCUCCCUACUUGACUCUGGCAGAGGGAGGCUGUGCCAUUGCAAGGCCCCAGGUCAUGAUAUUGGUGGCUUGGAGGAUGUGGUUUCAUUAAAAUCAACAUUGAGGGGAAUGAUUGUACUAACAACAGCAUGUGCUGAAAUACAGUACUUGCGCGUGCCAAGCUCUGUUCUCAGCACUUUAUACACAUAUGAACACACUUAAUCCUCAUACAACCAGACUGUACAGGAACCCUCAUUGUCCUUGUCUUAGACAAGCAGCAUGAGAUGCAGAACAUUCGUUCAGUGGAGGGGCUGGGCACGGAGAUGAGUGACCCUCAGGGGCAGCAGCAAUGAUUGGGUCACUGGGUUCUGCUGACCUUUCCCAGGGGAGUAUUUGGUGCUUGUUCGUGAGGCCUGCAUUCACCUAGCGCUGGGUCACAGCUGGGGGUCCCUGAGAAGUCAUUUAAGGUCACCUCUUAUUUCAGGAAUGAGACAUAUUUAGGUAAGAAGUGGCUUCCCCUGGACCAUGAUGCUGGCCCAAGACUACAAGACAGAUGGCUUGCUUCUUAAUCCAAGGUUCUUCUUAUACCAAAGAGCAAAGAAAGAAAAAAGCCACAGAAGACUCAAAAGAAGCAGAUUUCCCACCACAGCACAACCUCAGAACAAUUCUGAGUUGCUCAUUUUAAGAUCAACGAGGCAUUUUUAGGGCAUGUAUGCCUGAGAGAGGAAAUCAGUGUGAACGGCAAACUUCCCUCUAAAACAGCCUAAUACAACACUGGUCCAGGAGGAACAAGGCAAGGAAACCCCCUGGUGAAUGACUCAUCUCAGGAAGAGGCAGGGCAGGGUCAGGAGAGUCUAUGGAGGAGAAGACUUGGAACAAGACCUCUCUCUCUUGCUCUCUUACACACACACACACACACACACACACACACACUCACACCCCUAUGAGCCCAAAUCUGUGAACUGAGAACCUCGUUCUCUGACCUCACCUUCCAUCUCCCUCAAUCAGAGACGCACACAAACCUCAGAGCUGUGUCCCAGCAUCACUUGUUUUGACUCCCCUCCCCAACUGCCUUGACUUCCUGUCUGCCUGGGAACCUGUCUGUGUGGACUUUUCCCUCUAUGUCCACCAGUGUCCUGUCACCAAUGGCAUUUGUCACCUCUGCCUGGGCAGCCCCACAUGACUCUUUGCACCUUCAUGGACUUUGGGGUUAUUGAUGUCUGUGCCUCAUCUCCCUGUGAACUGGAACUGUCCUAAGGAAAGGGAGGGUCAUGCCUUACUCCUGAUACUCCACGAUUCCUUGUACAGUGUGGUCACCAGGCACUGACAUGCUCUCCUUGGAUGAAUGAGUAAUGUGGGUUCUAGGAAGCCCGCAUGAAUGCGGAUGUGACGUCCUCAGCCUUUCAUAGACAUGUUUCAUGUGAGAGGUGGGAAGAGCAGCUGAACAGAAGGCUGAGGACUGCCCAGGUCCAGAGUCACCAAGAGCUUGUUGUCAGGUUUGACUUGCUAUUCGCAGAAAUUUUUUUUGUAAGGCACUAUUUGUAGUGUUAAAAGGGUGAAUUUAUCAGAAGGCAUAAUAAUCAUAAAUGUGUAUAUGCCUAAUAAUAGAACUUUAAAAGGCACGAAGCAACACUCAAAAGGAUUAAAGGGAGAUCAUAUCACCCCCUUCUUGCCAAUUGAUAGAAUGAUCUGAUGAAAACGGUAAAAUAACAACAGAUCUGAACACUGUCAACCAUCUUGACAAAUAUUUACGCCUAGUGUUCCAUUAUUGGAACACUAAACAUGUGGAAUGAUUUAUAUCCUACUGCUCAAGGUCAUCGCCAAGGUCUAAUUGUAAAAUUUCAAAAAAUUGCAACCUCAGGCAUAAAUGGGUUAAUCGACAUUUAUAGCACACACAUGCAACAUGUACCAGAGAUUCCUUCUUUUCUAUGAACAUGGUACUUCCACCAAGAUAGACCACAUUGUGAACUAUAAAACAAAUCUAAAAACAUUUGAAAUGAAGGAAAUUAUAUAAAAUAUGUUCUCUUAUCUCAAUGAAAUUAAAUUAAUAACUAUAUCUAGAAAAACUCCCAAUAUGUGAAUAUUAAGCAACAUACUUAUAAAAAAUUCAUAGUUCAUGGAUGAAAUCAAAAGAGAAUUCAAAAUAUUUCAAAAUAAAUUAUGAUGAUUAUAUAAAAUGUAGAAAUGUGUGGGAUGCCAUUACACCAGUGCUUAGAGUGAAAUGCACAGUUUUCAAGGCUUCUGUUAAAAGAGUUGGGAAUUACAAAACAAGGAGCAGCGACUGCCAAUGGGUGUGGAGUCUUUUUUGGGGUGAUGAUGAAAAUGCUCAAAAAUUGAUUUUAUUGAUGGUUAUACACGUCUAUAAAUAUAUUUAAACGGAAGAAUUAUAUGAUAUAUAUGUGAUAUAUGAAGUAUAUCUCUGUAAAAUUCUUAAGGAUUAAAAGAAGAAUGGUAUCAC